AUGUGGGCCGAGGCUGGGAAGCUGCAGCCCAGGCGGGGUUUUAGCUCAGCGAAUGACUUCCCAGGAAGGGACUCCUGUGAGAUCAUGCAAUCCGGCACCCCGGGCUGGGGGUGCACCAGAGGGACUCAGCUGUGGCCCCUGGCCUUCCUGGAAGAAGGCAGAGGAGGCCACCCACACUCCUGCACCCGCUAUGGCCACUGGGAGAGUGCGAAGUGCCCUUUUCCACUACACCCCGGAGUGCCCGAGGUCUCCCUGAUCAUCCCCAUCCCGCCUGGUUGGCCUGACCCCGGCUCCACCCUGAUUAGUUCCCGGGCCCUCUCCCAGGCUGUAGACAUCUCCGAGACCCACAGCCCCGGGUUCCCUUUGGCUCUGAGCUCCUGUCAGCUCACCCCAUGCACACCCCGCCUCACGGAGCCCAAACGUGGGCCUCGCCCUCCCUUGGUGGCCACGUACAAUCUCCCCCAACCCCCUGACCCAAGGAACUACUCAGUGGUGGUGACGCUGCCCGUGCUGCCUGUGGGGAACGAGCCCCUGGACAUGGCCCGGGUGACCAGCUACCUGGUGGAGGCGGCGCUGCUGCGGCCUCUCCGUGAGCUGAAUCAGGUCAACAUGCUGGCUGAGUACUACCGGCUCCGACACCGCCUGCUGGGGGGCCCCUUGGAGUACCAUGCCGUGGUGUCAGGGGCCCAGCAUGUGGUGACCUUCGACGGCCGGGUGUGGGGCCUCAGCGCCUGGUGUGGUGGCCUGCUGCUGGCCAAGGACUUCGCUCACAACACCUUCUCACUGACGCUGAGCCGGGCGGGCUCAGGGACCCCAUCCCUAGCUGUGGAGCUGAACCACAGGACCCUCGUGCUCUACCCCAGCCUGAAGACCUACAAGCUGUACAACUCUUCCUCGCAUGGCGACAGCUGUGCAGACCCUGACCUGCCUCCCGCCACAAGGAGGAGGGAUGUCGUCCCCAGGAUUGAGCUGACCAGUGAGGACGGUGUCUCCAUCUCCUGUGACGUCCAAGCUGGCCUCUGCAGCCUGACCCUGGGCCUCUGGCACCAUGGUGUUUCUGCCGGCCUUCUGGGCACCAACAACAAUGAGGCCAGCGAUGAGCUCCUGCUGCCAGGAGGCACUGUGGCCCGUAGCCUGGAGGAGCUGGCCCUCGCCUGGCAGGUGGACGGGGACUGCAGGGCCAUGAAGACUCAGCGGGAGUGCCCAGGACUAAGUCCCACUUGCCAAGCCUUCUUCCAGGAUUCCCACUCUGCCUUGAGGAACUGCUUCAGGGUGGUGGAUCCUACACCAUUUCUCAGACUGUGCACCCAGGACACCUGUGGUUCCCAGGAGCUCCGACCUGCCUGCAGCCUGGCGGCCACCUACAUCCACCUGUGUGCCCGGGCCUCUGUGCCCCUCGACCCUCUCCCCCAGUGUGUUUGAGGUUUAACAUAAGCUGGCUGCCAGGGAUCUCAAACUCCUUCGCCUCUUCCACAGUUCCAGCUCCUUGGCAAGGUCAAGGAGUAACCAGCAGGAAAUGGCAGGAAACCGAGAAAGCUCCACUGCUCCGACACAGGGAAGGAGAGCCUGUGCCAUUACUCUCAAAAUGCCUCUGGGGACGUGAGCACCCCACUGCUUCAGCUCAUCCCCUACCUGCCUGUCACACCCUGGGAGACCGCCUGGCCGGCCGGGACACCCCUGAAAAGGAACUCCACCGCACCCACUGUUCUGGCCCAAGAUACUGACUCACUUGCUCAACAGCCACUUUGGGACCCUGCUCCCAACCUGCACGAGCUUCGGGCUGGCUGCAUUGAGGGCGGACACAGAGCAGGGUCUCCCCAGCUGCUUGGCACUGGCCUCCCCUGCCUGCUCCAAGAGUCUCAUGAGGCCUGAGGUUCCUUGAGGGGACCUGGUGGUCCCAAACCCCUCAGGGAGAAGCCUGCAGGAGUUUCCCUCUUUGGGGAGGACACGUAGAAACUGGAAGUUCCAGGAGCGCCUGAGCGAGCCUCCGUUUCAGUGGAGGCACGUGGGGAUGGCACUCAAAGUUUUCCACUUUCUUUUAGGGGCAGGUUUUUCCCUGGAAUUGACAACUGAAAAA